UGCCUUUCCUGUAUUUACUCCAUACAACUAUAUCCGGUUUUAGUAGUAAACAAAGUUGGGCUUGAGAAACAGUACGAUGCCCUGACAAAUGAAACAUAGGUAAACAUAGAUAUCAUAGAUAUGGAUGGUGAUGAUACUAGCCCGACAACAAACUCGAGAUUUUCUUUCUCGCGGACCAGUAGCACUGGUUCCAUUCCAGCAGGGUGUUUCUCUUCAGCCUCCUCAGCCCAGGGAUCAGAUGAUGAGGACAGUGACAGCAAACCUACAAUGAGUUACAAAGACCGGCGUAGAGAGGCACACACCCAGGCGGAGCAGAAAAGGAGAGAUGCCAUCAAGAAAGGCUAUGAUGAACUGCAGUACAUUGUUCCCACCUGUCAGCAGACAGAACAGAUUGGAGGCGCAAAGCUGAGCAAGGCCACGGUUCUCCAACGCUCCAUUGAUUACAUCCAGUUUCUAAUCACACAGAGCUGUUUUAUUCCAGCCAUUGAUUACAUCCAGUUUCUAAUCACACAGAUCUGUUUUAUUCCAGCCAUUGAUUACAUCCAGUUUCUAAUCACACAGAAGAAAAAACAAGAAGAUGAGUUGGAUUCCCUAAGGAAAGAGGUCAUGGCACUCAAGAUCAUGAAGGCGAAUUACGAGCACAUUGUGAAGACCCAUCAGAACACACCUAUUCAUGGACAAAAUCUGGUGUCCGAUGAGAAGAAAUUUCAAGUGUUUCAGACCAUCAUGGAUAACCUGUUUCAGUCCUUUAAUGCCAAUAUUUCGGUGUCCAAUUUUGCGGAGCUGUCAGGGAGUGUCUUUAAUUGGCUAGAGGAGUACUGCAAACCACAGACAUUGCGUGAUGUUACCCUUGGAAUUCUUCAACAAAUUAACAAUCUGUGAACUUUAAAAGUCGUGCCUGAAAUGUCAUUGAAUUGCAUCACAUUCAAUAUGACCUCACUUUUACACUUGAAAGCACAUUAAGAAGCACAAAAGAUUUGGACAAUUAGCAAGGAACUUCUGAAAAGAGGAAAUUAUUUCACAUCCCUUAAAUACGGGUUUAUGUGUGUAGUUUUGUUUUCCCUAUAAUGUUUAAUCAAAGUGAAAAAAUGUAAUGCAUUUACAGAGUCAGAUGUUAUUCUGUUACAUGUUUGUACUGCAUACGCCCUGACAGGGCGAUGAACAUUGAAAUUCAUUCAUUUCUAUUGGGCAGUGGAAGAAUAAAAUCAAAAUAUGAUCCAGGUGAUUGUCAAAUGCUGGUUCAGAAAUCAAAUAGUUUUACUCACUGAUUAUAAAGUCAAUAUGUAAUAAUCCAAGGAACAUGCAUUUUUAAAGAUUUUAGAAUGAUAGUACAUGCAUAAGUUUUUUGAUUUCCUAUAGUGAAAUGGUUGUCUGGUUUUUGUACAUUUUAAUAAGAUAUUAGAGAUUUGUUACCGUGUAUCAAAUAAAGUUAUAAAAUGUA